CAGCCGACAAACAACGGAAGAAGAAGACUUCCGUUCGUGAAGGUGACAGUGAUGGCGGCGGCGGCGGUGGUUCGUGGGAUCGGCUCAAAUCUGUCCAAACAUCUGCGUGAGGUCCGCCUGCAUUUAUGCCAGAAAUCAGCUGGCAGUCAGGGAACCAGAGAUUUUAUUGAGCAGCAUUAUGUGACGUUAAAGGAGGCAAACCCGGAGUUGCCCAUCCUGAUCCGAGAGUGCUCUGGAGUUCAGCCCACGCUCUGGGCACGAUACGGUUUUGGCAAAGAGCGCAGUGUUUCACUGGACAACAUGAACGUCGAUCAAGUGGCCAAAGCUCUUGAAUCAGUAGUAAAUGCAAAGCCCUAAGUAAGCGUCCUGAUGUAAAAUAAUGUACAUGUUAUUUGUUACCCCAACUGAAAAUAAAUGUGUUCUAAAGAU